UUGGAGCCGUUCAUCGUACCAUCUGGGGACCGGGACACCUUCCAGCUGGUGUCCCCCAAGGUGCGGGUAGACCUGGCUCGCGGCGAAGGUGACCGCAGGAUCGUGGAUGAAGCGGAAUUACUGGAACGUUACGGUGGCCUGACAGCGGCUCAGCAACCUGAUUCCAAGGCAUUGGUGGGCGACAAAUCGGACAACAUACCCGGAGUGCCCGGAGUAGGUGAGAAAACGGCGAUAACGUUGUUGAGCAACUAUGACCGGCUUGAGGGCAUUUACGAGCAUAUCGACGACAUUUCGCAAAAACGGGUUCACAACAAUCUGUCGGAAAACCGGGAAGCCGCGUUUGAAUACCGUUUCCUGACGACUAUCGACCGGGCAGCCCCCGUUGAGCUCGAUCUGGAGGGAUCCAGCGAGCUGGACGCUCUGAUCGACGAAAUUCGCGUCGCCGGCGCCUUCGCGUUUGAUACUGAAUCGAGCAGCACUGAUCCGAUGAACGCCGACUUGGCCGGGUUGAGUUUCGCGGUUCCCAGCGGGGUGGCAUGGUACGUGCCAGUCGGGCACGCAUCGGGUGAUCAACUACCGAUGGAGGAAGUACUGGUCGCCGUACGUCCCCUGUUCGUUGAGGAUGGACUCCAACGGUGUGCCCACAACGCCAAUUACGAUCUUACGCUGCUGAGCAACUACGGUAUCGAACCCUACGGCGUGGUGGAUCACGACACGAUGAUCGCGGCGCAUUUGCUGGCCAAGAACCGGUUGGGACUCAAACCCCUGGCGCUGGAGAUACUUGGGCGGGAGAUGACCAACAUAACGGAAAUCAUCGGGAAAGGCGCGCGCCAGAAAACCUUUAACGAAGUUGACAUCACGGUUGGCGCUCCGUACGCCGCUGCUGACGCGGACUGCACGCUCAGGUUGAGGCAGCAUCUGGAACCGCCGCUGGAAUCGUUGGGUAUCCAGGGGUUGAUGUCGGAAGUGGAACUGCCCAUAGUGCCGGUCCUGGUUGACAUGCAGCGGGCGGGGGUGAAGCUCGACGCCGGUAUUUUGCACGAGAUGUCGCGCGAUUUGAACGAACAGAUGGAACAGCUCCAGACCAGUUUGUUCCAGGACAUCGGCCAUGCCGUAAACAUCAACUCGCCAAAGCAACUGAGCGAUUUGCUGUUUUCCGAGUUGGGAUUGCCCAAGACCAGACGAACGAAAUUGGGUUAUUCCACGGAUGCCAACGCGUUGGAGUCCCUGAAAGGAAUGCACCCGGUGGUUGACCGCAUUCUGGAGUACCGACAGGUUUCCAAGCUGAAAUCGACCUACGCCGACGCCUUGCCGGAGAUGGUGAACCCGCGCGCAGACGGGUCGGAUUCACAACCUCAUAUCAUCAGACCGGAUCGGCGACUGGCCGAAUAA